GUUCCUGUUUCGGGACGCCCUCGUCGUUGAAUCCCUUCCGAUUGGACUCACCAUUGUUUCGUCAGCUGGUGGCUGUCAAAAUGACUUGGAACCCUUGGGAUGUCCCUGUCUAGUCAAGCUUUUUGUCUCCUGAGGGUCCCAUGCAUCCUUACAGCAUACAUACAUACGUACUGGAAGCAUGUUUCAAAGAUCAGGACUCGGAAGUCUUUAGCCUUGUCGAUGCCACGAGGUUGAGGAUCGUUUCGCCCACUUUGUUGGUAAGUCCAAGCUGAAAGAAAAUACGGGGCAGAAUCCACUUGGUGAGUCGUCAUUGCUCAAGCGCUCUAAUCCACUUCGAGGCUGUUUCUCGCGGAUGCCACCUCAAAUAUGUGCUGAUCUUUAACCGACCACAUGGCAUAGCGUUCAGUGUCAGAACUGGCGGCGCUUUUGUCAGUCUCGGAUUUCGGGAAAGGAUUAAACUAAGCGACAAGGCUCUUAUGAUCAGAUCAAAAUGCUGGAGAAACACCCCCUGCCUAGUACCGGUACAUGAGCAUAUCUUGUACCGGAGCUCCACUAGCCUCGGUACGCAGAGCGUGAACUUCGAAAAAGAUGAUGCCCCUUCGUUGAACUAUAUCUCAGCCUCCAGGGCGAUGCGCUUGGGUUCUCUUCGCUACGUCAGAGUGGCUCGUUAUCUGAAUUUGAGCGCUCAUGUGUCAAAGAAAAAAAAAUCUUAUCAGCCCAAGUUCAGUCCGGCAUCUCGACUUCAAGUGACCGGGGUCAGCUCUUUGGCUGGUGAUUAUCUUUGAUUAGAAAGCCAUUCUAGGGGCCUUCUCAUUAGUCUUUGACGCGUCGGUCUGUUCUGUCAUCUACGCCUUUCUACAGAGUAACGUCCUCUGGGAUAGGACCCCUCUUUCUUUUCCCCUUACAUGCAACUAACGCUUCUUGACCCCAGUCUAUACUACCGCGGUUGGCGUCAAAGUCAGGGCGGGACAAGCAUUAAGAGUCAUCAGGCGAAUUCGUUGAUGAAAGCCCAAUUUCUUCUGCAGUUAGGCGUAUCAGGGCCAAUGAGCAGACAACAUUGCUCCGCCGGGUAAACACCCAUCAGUCGAGACUGUCCAGUCACUGAACAAACAAAUACACAAUGGGCAGCGAGGAUAAUUAUAUGGAUAUGUUGACGAGUUCGCCGAUCGUCAUUCCUGAUUUGAUCAACACACCACGCGUUGGUUGUUUUAACAGGGCGCGCUUCACAUUCAUCCAUCAUGCAGGAACAAGAACGGACCGCUCACUCAAACCGGCAAUGUAUUCGGUAAAGGCUGAGGCUUGGCAACGGCUUUCUUUAUAUUCGGAAGAGACAAAAUUGACUGACCCCCUUGGUGUCGUCUCUGCUAGACACUUACUUGCAGACGAUCUUGCAGGUAGCACAAUAGGAGAAAAUUUCCGGUGUAUUUCUCAGACCGCCACAAUCGCCAGGACCUGCUCGAAACGAGGUCGUGACGAAUGGUACCAUAGUAAUUAUGGUUCGAGCUAUUCGCACUUAAUAAUUAUAUGUGUAACCGAAAGCGAAUUGGGGGUCACGAUAUACGAACACCCCCUGGUGACAGUCGUACAAGUGUACAUAAUUUCAUUACCUCUACUCUCUUGUUACCUCCUUCUAAUAACUACUGUCAACUAAUGCCCUCGAAUUGGAUCAUGAUGAACCUUGUGCCACAACUCCAUGCUAAUCUAGAUCUAGAUGCUCCAACGAGUCGGCCACAAACAACGCAUACUGAUCCGGCGACUCGGCCGGAUCUCCGCUCGACUCGCGGCCCCACUCUCCAUCUCCAUCCCCGAUUUCACUCGGCUCCGUCUCCGUUUCAGCCGGUGUUUCUGGUGGAGUUUGUAGGCCAGGCAAGCCGGCGCCAUAAGACAUAUUCCGCUUCAACAUGCACAUCUCAACUGUGAUGCCAGGACCGAAAGCACAACCAACGACAUAGUCACGUACGCGUCCGUCAGGCGCCAUGGCAUCCAUAUCUUUCGAACGUAGGCGAUCCAUGACACUGAAGAUGGUAGCUGAACUUGAGUUGCCAUGAUUGAUAUAUGUGUCGUAACUUGCCCGUUGGUGUUCCGGUGUGAUAUCCAUGGCUCUCUCAGCGCCGGACAGGAUGGUAGCGCCACCAGGGUGCAUCGCCCAGUCGAAGUCGGCUGCUUUCUGAUAGUCUGGAGGGAGUUGGGGCAGAGAUGCCUUGAGGUCGUUGAAGGCUGGGCCAAUUGAGGCGGCAGUGAGCUUGGGGACACGAGGUGUGAGGACAACUUUCCAGCCUAUCAUUCUGUCAGUUUCAGUCUUGAAUGAAACACUACGAAGACAUUGAAGCUUACCGACUGGGUCAACAUCAAACCCCAAGUCAUCCUCAGUAUCUGGUAUGGUCCUGUGGUCCCAGCCGAGGAGGUCAUAUACCGGUUCAGAGGGUUCACCGAUACCGUUGCUCAAUACAGCGGCACUACCACAGUCCGAAAAGAGGCACGCGCCUAUUCUUGUCUGCUGCAGCUCGUUGAUGCUAUCUAGCUCACUGCGUACCAUAGUGGUGCUGACCUCAAGUGCUACACACAGAACGCGCGCGGGCAGACCGCGUGCUUUAUGACCAAGAGCCAGGUUCGCGGCUGUUCGGAGAGUUGCCAGUCCGCCGCUGCAACCAACACCAUGAAGCAAGACCUUCUCUACACCAUGCGAUAUGCCCAGACCUUUUGCGACAAAGUGGUCGAAGCCUGGGUUUGCACUAUCUGUACAUGUUGUGGAGACAAUAUGGGUAAUCAAUCUCUUGUCAAUCUUGGCCUCGUCAAUGGCCUUUCGAGCGGCUCGGAUCGCGAGAGGAACGCCAUCAGAGAGGAACAGAGUGUGGAGCUCUGCUAUUGAGGGCGCAUCUUUCUUGUUAACAGCUGGAUGGUCGGGUGUUCCAAUGGACGACCGUGUGUCAAUUCCGGUAUAUCUGUUGAUUCCGAGGACCUUUUGCAUACUAUUACAACCUAUUAGCCAUCGAGGGAGGCAUGUCGGUGGUGGUGGUGGUGGGACUCACGAAGGUGUAUCGGGAUAGAACUUGUCACUAAGGGUGUUGAGGCAGGUAUAAUCUAGGGAAUAUGGUGGAUAUUCGGCGCUGAUUCCGAUGAUGGAGAGACCCAGCUCUCCAAAUGUGCUUGGAGCUGACAUGACUGAUCUGAUGAAGCUAUCUGUCGUGAAAGGUGGCUGGCGCUUAUAUCCCCAACACUUUGUGAGGUGGAGGGGAAUGGGAUAAAUGAGCUGCAGAAAAGCGCCUGAGCGAUACAACGGCUAAUUUGGUGUGCUUGAAUGGAAGGUUGAUAUCGGGCACAUUCAAUUGAUGUCGCUACAGAGGAAUUGAAUGUCGUCGACGUGUUCAAUCGCCAAUAUCUGUUAUCUCGUUUGGCCGCGUGAGCUUAAUCGAUGACGCUAUCUUGAUGCCAGGGCUAGGGGAGCUGCAGCUUCAGAUGCAGGGGUUGGAUAAAUAAUUGGGGAGUUAUGCGAAAAAUGGUAAUGACGAUGAUGAUGGUGAGAGGAGAGAAUAAUAGAGGACAAAACAAGCAAGUUGUUGUGGGAAGAGGAAUUUGUUUAUGCAGCUGUGACACCAAAAUGCAGCCAAGGUAGGUACCUCCUUGGAUUGGAUGUCACAGUAAUGUCUCAAAUAUGGUUUGGAGGGGUUACUCAAGCGAAGGGGACAUUGAGGAUAUGCCGAGUGAACGGAGAGUCACUGAACGGUAUGAGCUGCUUCUUCUGUUCAAGUGAUAAUUUCCCAAGGUUCUCACUUGUCUUUUCUGGGCUAUGUCGAUAUUUAUAAGCGUUGACUGUUUCUCAACACGGAGAAAAGUGGUAGCUAGUAGUUAACGAGUGAUUGCCUGAGAUGACUUCUAUCAUCGUGUAGGUAGAUGAAACAAACGCUGAAACCUCGUUGGUUCAUGCUUCUCUGAGUAAACGUCAUGCCUCGGUUGAC